UACUUUUACUCACCCACUUGUUAUUUUAUUCAAUUUAAUUAUUCUCUUACUACUAUCUCUAUAUAUUCAUUUUUGUGCGUUUGCCAUUUUCUUCACACCUCCAAUGUUGACUAAACAUUUGAAAAUCAACUCUUAAUUCUACCCCCACUUUUUUUCCAAAUGAAGUUAUCCCAUUUUCCGACCGGCUUAUUCACCGGAAAACGGUCCCUUUAUCUCAUUCUGCUACUCAACUUCAUACCCAUUUGGGUAGCUUCACAAUCUCCGAUCACCACUGAACGUGACACUCUACUGAAAAUAAAGCAUGAAUGGGGAAACCCAUUAUCUCUCAACUCAUGGAAUUCUACUUCCUCACCUUGUGACUGGCCGGAAAUUGAGUGUGAUGACGGAAAAGUCACCGGAGUUAUACUUCCUGGGAAAGAUAUUACUGUCGAAAUUCCAAAUUCCAUUUGUGACCUCAAGAAUCUUAGUUAUAUUAAUUUAGCUGGGAAUUAUCUUCCCGGGAAAUUCCCAACUUUUCUAUAUAACUGUUCCAAUUUGCACCAUUUGAAUCUUUCACAGAAUUACUUUGUGGGUCCCAUCCCGGAAGAUAUCUACCGGCUUCGGAAACUCCGGUAUCUUGAUUUGAAUGGCAAUAAUUUCACCGGAGAUAUACCGCCGGCGAUCGGGAAUUUGACGGAGCUUGAGAGCUUGUACAUGCAUAUGAACUUGUUUGAUGGAACAUUUCCGGCAGAAAUUGGGAACUUGACCAAUCUUGAAAAUCUGGGAUUGGCAUUUAAUGGGUUUUCUGGGAUGAGAAUACCGCCGGAGUUCGGAAAGCUGAAGAAACUAAAGUUUAUUUGGAUUAGAGAAGCAAAUUUGGUAGGUGAGAUUCCUGGAAGUUUCGGGGAUUUUGAAAGUCUGGAGCAUAUUGAUUUAGCUUACAAUAAGCUGGAAGGAGAAAUUCCAUCUGGGUUGUUUUUGUUGAAAAAUUUGACGAUUAUGUACUUGUUCAGUAAUCGGCUUUCGGGUUCGAUUCCUGAAACUUUUGAGUCGUCAAAUUUGAUUGAACUUGAUGUUUCCAACAACAAUUUGACUGGCAAAAUCCCUGAAAGUUUUGGAGAAUUUGAACACUUGGAGAUUCUGAAUCUUUUCUCAAACCAAUUGUAUGGAGCAAUUCCAGAAAGCAUUGCCAAGAUUUCAACUUUGAAGGAAUUCAAAGUGUUCAGGAAUAAAUUGAAUGGGAGUUUACCAUCUGAAAUGGGACUUCAUUCAAAGCUUGAAGCUUUUGAAGUUUCAGUGAAUUUCUUCACUGGAAACUUACCAGAGCAUUUGUGUGCUGGAGGAACUCUCUUUGGUGCUGUAGCUUAUGUUAACAAUCUAUCUGGAGAAAUACCAAAAUCACUGGAAAAUUGUUCUACUUUACGUACAAUCCAGCUCUACAAGAAUCAGUUUACUGGGGAGAUUCCGUCUGGGGUUUGGACUUUGGUUAACAUGACAAGUUUGUUAUUGAGUGAUAACUCGUUCUCCGGGGAGCUGCCGAGCAAUGUUGCCUUCAAUUUUUCGCGGUUAGAGAUCAGUAACAACAAGUUUUCUGGUGAAAUUCCAGUGGGAAUAUCUUCUUGGCCUAGUUUAAUGGUACUUCUGGCAAGUAACAAUUCAUUUUCAGGUCGGAUUCCAGUGGAAUUGACUAGUCUUUCUCAGACAACACAGCUAAAGCUUGAUGGUAAUUCGUUGUCUGGAGAACUUCCAGACAACAUAAUAUCCUGGAAAUCUUUGUCAAUAUUGGAUCUUGCCAGGAACAAACUUUUUGGAAAGAUUCCCGCAGCUCUAGGUUUAAUCCCUGAUCUGGUUGCUCUAGAUUUGUCUGAGAAUCAACUUUCAGGUUCAAUUCCACCUCAACUUGGUGUGAGAAGGAUCACUAGCCUUAACCUAUCUUCCAAUCAACUUACUGGAAAUAUCCCUGAUGCAUUUGCUAACCUAGCCUUUGAAAACAGUUUCUUGAAUAAUCCCAGCCUUUGUUCCACCAACUCACUUCCAUAUCUUCCAAGUUGUAACACCAAAGUCAGCGAUUCCAAAAGAUUGUCCCAUAGAGUUCUUGCCUUGAUUCUAGUCCUUGCAAUCGCCAUUUUCCUAUUUAGUGUUGUAUCGACCUUGUUCAUGGUUAGAGACUACAGGAGGAAGAAGCAUAAGCGCGAUGUUGCAAGCUGGAAGUUGACUUCAUUCCAGAGGUUGGAUUUCACAGAGGCAAACAUUUUGUCAAGUUUGACAGAAAAUAACAUGAUUGGAAGUGGUGGAUCAGGUAAGGUGUACAAAAUUUCCGUUGGCAGACCAAAUGAGUUUGUUGCUGUGAAGAGGAUUUGGAGCGAUAGGAAAGUAGACUACAUUCUGGAGAGAGAGUUCUUGGCUGAGGUUCAGAUAUUGGGAUCAAUUAGACAUUUCAACAUAGUGAAGUUAUUGUGUUGUAUUUCAAGCGAGGAUUCAAAGUUGCUCGUUUACGAGUACAUGGUAAAUCACAGUCUUGAUAGAUGGCUUCAUGGAAAGAGGAGAAUUUCCUUAAGUAAUAAAGUCAUGGAUUGGCCAAAAAGAUUGGAGAUAGCCAUUGGAGCUGCUCAAGGACUUUGCUACAUGCACCAUGACUGCACUCCACCAAUCAUUCAUCGCGAUGUAAAAUCAAGCAAUAUCUUGUUGGACUCUGAUUUCACGGCCAAAAUAGCUGAUUUUGGCUUAGCCAAGAUUUUAGAGAAGAAAGGAGAGCUUAACACCAUGUCUGCUGUUGCAGGCUCCUAUGGUUAUAUAGCUCCAGAGUAUGCCUAUACAACGAAGGUGAAUGAGAAGAUUGAUAUCUAUAGCUUCGGGGUGGUGUUAUUGGAGCUAGUGACAGGAAGACAACCAAAUUUCGGGGAAGAGCAUACAAGUCUGGCAGAAUGGGCAUGGAAGCAGCAUGGAGAAGGGAACAAUGCCAUCGAUAAUAUGUUAGAUACAGAUAUCAAGGAAGCAUGUUACUUGGAAGAAAUGAAGACUGUGUUCAGACUCGGGCUUAUAUGCACGAGCAACUUACCUGCAAGCAGGCCUUCCAUGAAAGAGAUUCUGCAGAUAAUUCAUCGAUGCAAGUCCUUUAGGUAUUCUGGAGGAAAAUCACCAGAUACAGAUUAUGAUGUUGCUCCCCUCCUUGCCGGCAACAACAGCGAAAAAUACAUUGCAAGUUACAAACGUAUUAAUUCCAAUAAGAUAAUAGAUGAUAGUAGUGAUGAUGGUCUAAUAAUCUCCAGUGUGUAAUAUUGGAGAUAGGCAGAAAGUAGAAGUUACCGAUGGACAUGUCUUGUAAAAUGAUCUUAGAAUAUAGGCAAUAAGUAUAGUGCCUCUAAGUCCAAGUUUGAGCAUGUUGUAAGAAUAGAAAAUUCUUAUCGGAAUGUUGUUUUUCUACUGUCUUCAA